UGGAUAUCAACUUGUGCAGAUCAAACUCUGCUGUAUAAAGAGAAUAGACUUGACAGCCUCAAUACAACAGGUUGGUCGUCCUGUCGCCAUUAUGCACGGCCGUUACAAGUUUCUGCUUUUUCAUGUUCUGGCAUUUCUUGGACGAAACGAACUUGGGAGUGCAAUCAUAGAUGGGAAAAAAGCCCCAGAGAAGUCGAUGCUGUAUAUGGCCUCGGUGCAGAACGAAAAUGGUCAGCAUGUAUGUGGAGGAUUCCUUGUCAGUAAUAACUUUGUGGUCACUGCUGCGCACUGUGAUGUGAAAAAAGGAAAAACAAAGGUUGUACUUGGCACCCACGAUCUCAGCCGGGUUGAGAAAACAGUGAAAUACAUUGAAAAGAUCUGCCAACACCCAUCCUAUAACAGUAACAUACGAGAGAAUGACAUCUUGCUCCUCAAAGUGGGUGGGAAGGAUAACACGUUCUAUAAAGGACAACCAAUUCAACUUCCAACUUCUGAAAUAAACAACAAUGAAAAGUGCAGUGUAGCAGGAUGGGGUAAUACUGAAACUAAUAAACUUGAGCAGAGAAUAGUUGAUGAGCUGAGGGUGGUGGAUGUGUCUAUCAUCAACCGGGACGUCUGUAAGAAGGAAUGGUCUAAUCUUCCUGUCAAUGUUAUCUGUGCAGACAAAGGAUUGUGUAAGGGUGAUUUGGGUGGUCCCCUGGUGUGCGACGGGACUGCUGUUGGUGUCGCAUCUUUCUACAAAAAUAAAGACUGUGAUACUCCCAACGUCUACACAGAUAUCUCAAAGAGUCUUACCUGGAUCAACAAGGUUCUAAAACAAAAUGAUUGUUAAAUCUUACACAAAGCUUUGCUUCAACAUACUUUAAUUGUAUUUGGGAGGGGAAGUUGUGCAGGGUUUUUUACCUGCAAUGAGAAUUUUUUGGUGCCCCACCAAGUAGGUUUUAGCCAGCCCCAAAGGAAAAUCACCAACAACAAAAUGAUAAGAAUUGGGAAUAAAAAUAGCAAUUAAAAUCCUCUCUAAAUGUGUUUAAGAGUAAUUUAAAAUGAAAUCAAACAACGGUUGAAAGCAGAACAUAA